AUGCAUAAAGAUGCCUUCAGGACUGGAAGUACCCCGGGCGCUCGCCGCCCUUCGAGCACGAAUGUGCAAAGGAGAAGAGAAGCCUCGACCGCCUCAGCUCCAAGUGGAAGUCGUGGCUCCGCACCUUGGGCUGACAGCAGCUUCAGCCUUCAGGCUCCGUGGCUGUUCGACCUUCCAGAUGCUAUAGGCCUUUUGGUUCAGCAGCCACUCUUGCAGCUGCGGGCAGAGCUUCGUGUUGAGGACGAUGACACUGAUAGCGCGAGAAAUCCAGGCAGCAGCAAUCUGUCCUGCCUCUCCAUUUUCCUUCGUCGCAUGCUUCAGGCCUUAUUGGAGCUUCAGCAACUUGUUGACUCUUCCAGGUCAGGGCCGCACGGCCAUGGUGUUUCGGCCAUGAUGCAAUGGCUUGGCCGAACCAGGGAAGAGCUUUGCUUGUGGGGGCAACGAGCUGGCAGAGCUCUUCGUGCGCUGGCAGGGUCCAACGAAAAGCUUCAAGAGCCCAAAGAGUUCGGCAAUCAACUGCAUUCUUUGUUGGAGGGCUCUUUUAUGGAGGCUUUGAAGCAUACGUCAUCACGCUUUGAUGAGGAGCUUUCCCAGCUGCGGGAGGAAUUACAACAGACAAGAAGCGAAGCUACCGCAGCAGCCACAGAGGCGCAGAAGCAAGAGGCUAUUGCUGCUGCCAAAGAAGCAGCACAAUGGCGAGCUUCGUUUGAGCAACUACUCCACAAGAAGUUCGAGGAUUCCCAAGCUGCAGACGAGCUGCAUUGGCACAACCUGCGUGAGGAAAUCAUCCGCAGCAAAGACUACGUGUUCAGUGAGCUUGCAGAGCAGCACAAGCAUAGUGUCAAGAACCUCUCAGAACUUUGGAGCUCACAAAAUCUACAGCGAGAACGAGAGCUACAUCUGUUGCGGGAACAAGCUGAGAAUGCCCUGAUGGAAAUGAAGUCCUCCAUUGGAAGUGCGCAACUUGCUUCCUCCAAGGCUGAGUCAGAGCAACGCGCUUUGUCGGCCAGUGAGCAGCGAGAAAAGGGAGCUCUCUCGUUGCUGCUCGCAGAAGCCAUGGAUGCUGUUUCAACCAGGGAUCGAAGCGUCGAUCACUUGCGUAGAUCAUUGGGAGAAGAACAUGCAAGGCCAGAACCAGUUCAAGCUGCGAUGACCUUAUCUCAAUGCCAAACACCCUCCAUACUGGGAAGCGCCGGUCCUAUUCCACCGUCACCAAAACCCUCAGCCAUGGACACUGCCAACAUCGGAUCUCCGGGAAAAUAUGCGGAGAGGACGAUUCGGGUGAUGCAAGCAGGCAGCUACGAGGACAGCUCUGCAUCUGUAUGUCGUUUGAGCACAGAGUCAACUCCCUAUGGAGCAAAACAUCUGCCAGAAGCACUUUCGCGCCGCACAGUCAUGGAAACAUCUCAAAGCGAGAAGGCAGGGCUGCAAUCUCAAGUUGCACAAGGAGCUGGCGUUCCUCCACGCCCGGCCGUUGACACUCAGAGUUGUAUGAGCGGGCAAAGACCAUUCAGGAUUGACAAGGUGCCCCAAUCGGUCUCUCUGCGGCGACAGUCACAGGCAAGUGCGACAUCAAAGCGAAGAACCAGGGUGGAGGCUGGCCAUCGCGGCGCCUCAACAACCGACCGGGACGCGAAGCCUGGAUUGUCGCCAAGCGCCAGCACCGACACUCUGAGAAUUACUGCCAGCUGGGAUUAA